AUGGUUAAAUUACCUCCCAAUGAUGUUUAUGGCCUUGUAGAAAUAUUCAGGGGUGGAUCUUGUCAACAAACAUCGAGAAAUUUUUUGUGCUAUCAUCAGCGAAAUUCGAUCAAUGCUUUAGACACUCCGGACACAGUGGCGAGCUGUGACUAUUCAAAUGCAGAAACUCUUUUGUCAUUUUCACACCCAAAGACUGUUGUAGAACGUCGCGACACCCUUCGAAAUGCGACGUCUAUGAGUUCUCACCGGAAGUAUUUGAAUGAAAAGACAUAA